UCUGGGAAGGGUAUAAUUGGACAACAAUUUCUGGGUAGCUAGCUUGGUUAGCUUUUGUCAGAGCUUUGAUUGAAAUUUCUUGUGAUAAUUACGUUAUAAAUACUACAUUUCAUAUUAAAACUAUUUGACAAAAUGGAUAUUUUAAGAGACGAAGGAGUGCAUGAGUUGAAAUACAAACCCGGUGGUCGUUUGGACAUGAACCAUGGCUUCCUUCACCAUAUCCGCAGGAACCAAAUUGCUAGAGAUGACUAUGAUAAAGAAGUAAAACAGGCUAAAGAGCUUCAGCGGCGGAGGCACACAACAACCCCAAGAAGACCUCGUCGACCCGACAUCCAGGUGUACCAUCCGAGACAAAGGCGUGGCUCAGAACCAGAAACCGGUGCUGACCCCGAAGAGUGGAACGAGAGUGGGUCAAGCACAGAGACUGAAAUCCACAGGACAGAACUCUUCUGGCUCGACUAUCAGGAGGACUCUGGAGUCGUCACUUCUUUCUUGGUGCACAAGGAGGAUAAGCCUGAGAAGGUGGUGGAGCGUGUUUCAGAGAAGAACGUCUUGGACGCCGCAAUGAGAGCAGCUCUGGAGGUUCGAAUUCGAAAGGAAAUAGAUAAAAGACGAGACAACCGGUGAUGGGGAUCCACAAGUAGCAGAUUUCAAAAACAAAGCUGUUACAGUCACAGUUUUGUGCUCCUGCUUUUGUGUGGUUUGAGCACAAAGAGGAUCCCGCUGUCAUUUGCAGUGACACUUGGCAGAGGUGACCUGAAGACAGGCCAUGUGUUGGUUAAGAAGGAGAAGGAAAAGCACUUAUGACUCCAUUAGGUUUACAUGAUUAUCAAAUGAACAUGUUCUUGGUUUUAUUUGUUUACAAGCAUCUACUUUUUUUGUUUUGUACCAGUAAGAAAAAAAGAAAGAAAAGAUAGUUGUCAUGGAGCAUCGGUGUACAAGCGACGUCUUGGUUCUGUGCUGUGAAAAUGAGAAGUUUGUCUUGUUUAGUGGCGGCCACAGCUUUGUGUUUAGGUGGCAACUCUGUUUUGUAGUUUCCAGUUGUGUUAUUUAUUAUGAGUUGUGAAAAUACCAUUAUUUUUGAUACUAUGACACAUUUUGACAGCUGAAUUUUGUUUUUUUUAAAUAAAAGAUUACAUUUGCUUAAAAGCCAUAUAUAGUUUUCCAGUAGAGUCAGGAUAAUGUCCCCCGUUAUUGACUCGCCCGCCCUUAGCUGUGACUCUGCAUUCAUUUUGUCGAGGUGACAUUUUUGCAGGUUUCCUUCUGAGAAACAUAAGCUCUGACUAAAGAAAUGUUCUGAGUUAAACGACUUACAUGAAAUCCUCAGCAGGUGGCAGCAACUGUCAGUUUUAAUACUAUCCUGCUUCUUCUAUAUUGUCUCAAACUAUUUCUAUAAUUGCUAGUCUAAUUUUUGAUCUCUAGGUCUUGGUUGAAGAAUACAUUUCUUUUCACUAGAAAUUGUAAAUAAAAUGUAGAGUAAAGGUGAUGGCUUUUAGAUUGUUUCAAUCUAAAAAUCCACCUUUACUCCAACACCUCUGAAUAAAUCUUUUAACAAAUUUUGGAGACUCCUGAUUAGUAACUCUUGUGUGUUAUGAUCUCAGUAUGAACCCAGAUGUUCUAUGAGGGAACAUUAGCAAACAAACAGAAAGAUGAAGGACAAAGAUUUGUCAUAUUUUAUGAUUUUUUUAAUCCUGGUCCUAAGGAAGGAUCUGCAUCAACACCAAUCGUUCAAACAGAGCAACAACGGAAUAAUUCAGCAAGGCAUGUGAAUGGCCCAGUCAAAGUCCAAACCUAAGUUCAAUUUAGAGCCUGUGAUAUUAAAAAUUACUUUUCUUCAGUCAUUUGAAAUGUUUUAUAAAGAAAAACGGGCAAACAUUUCUGUCUAUUCAGCUUAAUACAUAUUGCAAACAUUUCAGCGGUGAAAGGUGGAUCUACAAUGUAUUGACAGAGGAGUUAAAUCUUAUUGCACACUACAGAUCUUUACUUGCAACAAAAAAAAAAUAAAACAUCAAACCAUCCAUUUAUUGUUCUUUGCUAAGCAAUAUGCACAAAUUAUGAAACAUUCUACUGUGACAAUUCAGAGUAAUCAAGUUCAGGUCAAAGUUCAAAAAGUUAUUAAUAGGUUUCCUUGUAUUUUACCGUCCACAUGGACAUUUUAACCAGAUCUAUGUGUGAACUUUAUCCCUAGAUGAACAGAAACAGUGGGGUGAUAAUGUUUUCACUCCGUUUGGACCUUUUACACAGAGUGAUUAAUGUUUGUUUCCGAUUUUGAUCUGUGCCAGAUCCAACAAGCUGAAACCAGUCAGGUACAUCAUAUAAGACUUGUCUCCAAUCAGUUACUCACGUAGUUUCUCUUUAAACACGUGUUGUUAAGCAGAACAGUAAGUCACCUGCCGAAAACGUGUAACCAGCAUAACUGUUUUUAAAUUAGAAGAGCAAAUGUGAAGAGGGGACAGAAUCUAAUUAAGUGGUCAGUCUCACCAAUGAACAUCCUCCUUCUGUGUUGCUAUGCCUUUUUCUAUCACCAUGACAAUAAGACAUAUCUGACUGUCUUAUUGUCAGAUAUGUAAAUGUCUGGUGACCAUAAUGACAGUAAGUAAAGCACAACACCAUUGAAGACACUUUUUGUUCCCUUUUACUCAUUCUCCACUUAGGCAAUGUGAUGCACAGCAUGAUGCACAGAUCUAUGUUCUUUUAUUUGUUUGUUGAAACACAAAACUAAUAAAACUGUGUUUACAAAAAAAAAAAAGAACAGCAAAUGGAAAACAGCUUAAAUAAGUGAACGUAGAGAGUUCCACUACACUGGAACACUGGAAAAACACAAAGCUGAUUUUACUUUCUGGCAGCGUUGAUUCAGACUGUGGAGGAAGAUUAACUCAUUGUUUCAUUAAUACCUGAAAAUAUGCAAACUUCAUCCUAUUGCCCUGUGGUCUGUCAGGAUAUGUUAUGUAAAGCCUUCCCAUAGCAAGAGAAGUGGGGUCUGCGAAGCCAUUGGUGCAUCAGCCACACUCCCCCGUUGGACCGUUGACGCCCUUCUCCGGUUCACUUUUCAUUCCUCCUUCUGCACGUGACUGAACUUAGACUGUGACUGAACUUAGGCUCAGUCACAUGUUCUCUGCUCUCACCUAAUCAUUCGCAGUUUUGCAGCUUCUCACUUGGUUGAAAAUAACCCAAUCACACAUCACCAAUUCUCAUUGACUGCCAGUUUAACAUCGUACAAGAAAGGCGAUUCACAACCGACAUCAAAGCACUUGUCUUGUUACGCAAAAUGGAGCUUCACGAAACAAUGUGUCAAAGUGUUUGUUAAAACGUGAAACAUGCCCCUCUAGCAAAUCACUGUACAUUUUGCUCUCUUCCUGGUGUAACCUUUUUGGUGGUUAAUUUGUUGCGUUAUCUUAAUAAAAUGAAUUUCGAUGCAAAGGUAAACGUUUUAAGUAAUCGUACUUUAUAAGUAAAACUUCUUUGUAGAUUUGUUACACAUUUAGUGCUUGCUUUGGUCAAAUUUGAUGAUCAAGGCUUCCACUCAAUAAAAACCAAUUUUCUUUUUCAAAUAAUUAGGAAAUUACUUAAAAGAGGGGAUUUUUAGUAAAGAACUGCACUCAAUAAAUGGUUAUGGCUCCUUUUGCUUUAAUUAUUGCAUCAAUAUGUCACAGUAUGAAGAUGAUCAGCUGCAGUGUUUAAGAAGUCUUGGUUUAUUCAACAGCAACAUAUUUGGGUCAUCCUCGACUUGACCUUUACUUCAAAAUCUUCAAAGCUGUGAUUACACAUGUUUUUUGUGCGCCUUUUUUUCAGCCACACUUUUUCCUUCCACUCAACCUUCACUUAGAAUUUGGAAUAGUAAAGUCCUUGAAAGGAUGGUUGCAAACUCAAGAGCAAACCAAGUGCUUCAACAGUGUAAACAAUCAUUUGAAUCAGAUCAAAUCUGCUAUCUUUAGCACCUGACAGAUGUGAAUGUAUGAUGUACACUAGGAAAUAAUAGGGUCAACAGAUUUUGCUCCCUUUCAAAUGACCACAUCUCAAUUUUAAAACUGCUGCUUUAACAAACUAGCCAAAACUUGAAGUCAUGUGAUUUUUUUUUCUCUCUGUGCCAAACAUUAGAGGAGUAAACUACGAGUUUGCUUUUAGUUUCCUGCCCCAAAAAAUACAAUAGAGUAGCAGCAAGCUCCGGUGGUAUUGCAUCAGCUGUCACCUAAUCUGUGUAAUAAAUCCCACUGACCUCAGCUUAACAGGCAACCUUCUGCCCUCCACAUUCAAUCUGCUGCAUUGCGUGUGGGGAAUAGCACACAUAUCAGGAGAUGUUAUCUCUCGAGUCCGCAGUAGUUUUUAACCUCAGUGUCAUUUUAUCUGGCUUUCACAACGGGUUGUUUGGUCUUGGCGUGUGAGGAUACUGCAAGUGGUGCCCACUUUGUUGUGGGAAAGUUCUCAGUGUUUUCUCUUGAGGUUACAGAGCAGAUCAUAGUAUGUUCCCUUCUCCUUAAUAAAUUAGAAUAUUACUCAAAAAUCAAUUUAUUUCAAGAACUUUAUCACUAAUGGAGACACGUAACAUAGAUGAAUUACACACAGAUAGCUGUCUGAAAGCCUUCAUGUGUAUUAAAGAUCAACCGGAGUGAGAGUAAAAGAGCCGGAUCUUUAUCAGUGCUCCCCUUGUUAAGGCUUUACCACAAAGCUCAUGAUAAACUAUCACACCCAGAGUGUUUCAGCUGGGAGCGUGUAUCAGUGGAGCUCUUGUAGUGGUGAGGAAUGUUGUCCAUUUUGGUUCUGUAAGGGCGACACGCCAGCCAAGCCAUCAGUAUCAGUUAAAUAUAGACAUCAGACUGAGCCGGUGGGAAUGAAAAUGCACCCCUGCUGUAACUGUCCUUCAUGGUGCAACAGGAGCACGUCUACCAAACCGCUUCGUGUACCGUACAUGUGGCAGUGUGGCGUACUUUGCUGGAGUUUUUGUAUCCGUUAAAGUUUUGUCAUGUUAAAACCACAAACUUUAACGCCUGGCUUUUAUUUGCAGUACAAAGUACUAAAUGUCUUUUCAAAAUAUUUUACAAUCGUGGAAAAUUGUCCAUGCAUUUUUAUUCACCUCCCUUUUACUGUGAUAAGCACGUGCAAAAAUGCCUCUGCAUGUCCAAAGCUUGUAAAGACAAAAUACUUGCAGUCCUAACAAUUCUUUAUGUACUUUAUUAUGUGAUUUUUUUUUGUUGAUCUAUCACAUAAAAUACCCCAAAAUAUACAUAAAAGUUUGUGGUUGAAACAAAACUUUUAUGUUGUAACUCUUGACAACCUCCAAGAGUUACCUAAUCGUUUCCUCUACAAGUCAAUGCCAAGAACUGACUUGAAGAAGUUCUGCAAGUGUUUAAAAUAUCAAUUCAAAACAAGUAUUUUCUCUACUGGUUGUGUGGAGAAACUUCAUUUUAAGAUAUUUUCCCAAAGCUCACUUUUCCCCUGACGUGUUUGCCACAACGGUUAUCUUUGUUCGUGCCCUGGGCGAUCAGUGGUUACUGGGACCAGCUCAAACUUGUUUCAGAGCACAGUUGUCAAUAACAGAGACUCUUCUACUCACUUCAUUUAAACAUGUCAUGACAGAUUUUCAUGCCAGUUGUCUUGAUAACAACUUUUACUGUUACAUAGGUACUCAUUUCCUGAGAAAGUCAGGACAAAAAUAUAACUCCAGUGAAGCAAUCCACCAGAAAUGACAAAAAUUGACUAAAUAGAAAACACAGGUUUAGAAGAAAUUCUUUAAAAAAUAAAUAAAUAAAAGUACUGCACUGUUGUGUUAAUAUUAUGUAGCUCCAGUUUGCGCUGCGGUUUUUUUCUUUAAAUUGCCCAACUCAGUUGAACAGUUACAUUAUUUUGCUGCUUGAAUUUCCCCGCUGGGACAGCAAAUGAUAUGUCUGCCCUUUUAAUACAUUUGGAAAACCUGCUACUGACCACUGCUAGCUUAUCUUGUUUUAUGAGUUUGGAUCUUGGCUGGUGUUUAAAUUUUAAGAAAAAUUUACAGUUUGCAAUGGAGCCAAAGUUAAACUCAUGAGUUUUUCUUAGUGAUGUACUGAAUUAUAGAUCAGACACUUGUGCCAAACAUUUUCUAAGAACAGUUGAGUUUUUGAGAAGAUAAUUUUCAAUGGUAUUCAGGCUGUAUUGAUCUCAAAUAUAUUGAUCUGCACCGAUAAUGUGAUCUUAUGAUCACUGGAAAAAUCUUUACUCAUCAUCAAUGAGCAUGUCAGAUGUUCGUCAAAUCUGCAAGUUUUGACAACCACAUCAUGCAGAUAAAUAUAGUGUAGUGAUCCUCUUCAUGUCUACAAACGCAUAGGUUAAAGCAUUAUUGUUUUAUUUGUACAGUCAACUUCCUGUACAGUUGCUUCCAUGGAAAAUGUUUUGGAUCAAUUUUAUUCAGUUCAUAAAAUUUUUUUUGUAUUCAAAGGUAACCAACUUUUAAGUAGCUGUGAAAAUAACUGAAUGUGGUAAAUGUUUAUACAUGUUUUUUGUACGAAAUGUAGGUGUAUGACUUAAUUGCAGGUACAGAAUGUAAUCAAAUGGUUAACAGGUAAAGUGCAAUGGACUCAGCAGGAUACCUUUCAGCAUUUAAUCACUCAUGCCACUGAUGUGUCAAUACAUCUUGAGCUAAAAGGUUUAUUUGCAUCUAGCGUUGAGAUGCUCAGCAGCAACAUCUUAAAGCAAGUUAUUCAUAUCCCUGGCAGUUUUAAUUAAAAUAACUCAACCAAAAGGUCAGCUUCUUAUAUUAAAUGAGAAAAGCAUAACUUAAAAAGUAUAAAGCGCUUUAUUUCAAGUUACAAUAUUUUAUAAAAUUCUUGAUGAAAACUCUGUAAAAUGACAGAAAUCCAAACCGUCUUUUUUUUUUUUUUUUGCAGGUUUCCACUGGUAUUUUUGCUCUUAUCUUUAUUGAUAAACUCCAACUCCAGAGGAUGGAGGAGCUCUUUACCAUAGCCCUAAUGCUUUACUCCAUCCAUGGGUCCCAUUCAAAUCAGGACACCGACUUGAAUAGGCGUCACUCCUACUGGUGAAGUUACUCUAAAUUGUUAACUUCACUUACAGUAAUUAAAGAAAAACCAGUUCAUCAGAUGUAAACAUCACUGAUGUUUACACUGAUGUAACAGGGGUGUGGAUAAUUAGGGUGGGGUUACAGUACAUUUUGAUGUCUGAAAUUUUCUGGAGACUAAUUAGGGAUGGUCUCAUUUCAUUUAGCUGAAGACUGAUCCUGAGAUUGGUUUAUGGUUUAAUGCAACAGCAAUUACUUGAUGUUACAUCAUCAACUGCUACAAAUUGCUUUAGUGGCUCAUGUAUCCUGUCACACAGCCAUUUAAAACAUCUCAUCCUUUUAAAAUAACUUUCAGAUAGUCCUUACUUCAUGUGGGGAAAUAAGCUAUAUUAUAAUGCCAUGAGGACCAUGAACAUAAUGCAAUCAUUUAUUGCUGAAACAAUUUUUUGUUUCCUGUAUAACUUUUGUACUCAAUUCAUCUCAUUUUAUUGUAAUAAACACUUGCUUGCAACAAGCUUAAACCCAGUUCUUAUGCAUUUCAAAACUGAAACCAGUAUUUAAUCAGAAAUGUUUAAAAAAAAUGUCCACACUUCUCUUAAAACACAAAAUAACAGACACGAGUUUUUAAGAUGGAUAGCUUUUUUUAUUACAGAGCAUCAGGGAACUACCCAAUUUGGACAUGGAGCACAUUACAGUACGAGCUACUUGUUUCUCUGGAAGUUGGAUGCAUGUUGGUGUGAAGGGAAAAAGCAAAUUAGAGUGGGUGGAGGAAAAAGAAAAAGAAAGGCACUCUUACACUUACUGUAUCCAUUGGGAUGACCACCAAGUGGCAAAAGGGAACAAAACCAAAACCUUUAGUCUAUCCAGAUCAUGUGAUGGCCAUGUAAACAAGGCUGAUUUCUCUGUACCACACCAGCCAAAUGAGGCCACCACAUUAAUGAGGAUAGGCAAGAGCCAAAGAAUCGCACCUGGUAGUUUAACGGGAUUUCUAAACUAACCCACCUAAAAAAAUAAGUUCUGUAAUCCAGAAAUAAAAAUAAGCUGUAAGUCAUUUACAGUUGCCAGUGACGCAUCGAGGCAGACCAAAGCUUUUCUGUACAACACUCUGGGACCUCAAGCCAAACACUGAAAUGAUCAAGUCAAAAAUAAUUCACAAGUCAGUAAUUCCAAGUCUGUUUAAAGCUGCCUUCUGAAACAUCAGCUUCUCUGUAUCCACGCUGAGUUUCAGAGAACAAAUAAAUAGUGUUGAGGUUUGUAUUUCCUGGUCAAUAAGACUGCAGCAAAAACCACGCCCCGUUGAGCUAAAGAUGGGAAACAGGUUUCUCUGUAGCUACACCUGCCAUCAAUAAACUCAAGGAGUACAAGAAUAUUUAGCCACUUUGAAACCAUGAAAAAAACAAGGGAUCCAU